AUGAGGGAGAUGGAUUUGACCUGCUAUAGCUCUGAUGCAUCCGCCCCCGCUGAUCCCGGCCACUGCCCUUUUCCGGGUCUCAGAAACCCGCCCGAUUCCGGCCGCCGUUUGGACGUGGGCAAAAAGCACAAGGUCGUGAAAUCUAAAUCCGGUCGAACUACGAAAUUGCCCGAUGAUCGCUCUACAAAAUCCCGAUAUAGAACGUGCGAUCCUCCUAACUAUGACCGCCAACUGAGGCAGUAUUGCUUGUGUAUUGAAGGGGCUGUAUUCCUGGAUCGCGAGAAUAUUCCAUAUGAGUUAUUGCAAGGCAGGAUCUGUAAGGACUGGGGCGAUUGCUCCGCGGCCCCAGAGGAUGAGAAGGGUCCCCCAAGUCUCGCUUUUAUUUUCGGAGAAAAAGAGGUUAUGGUAGCUGUUAAUCAUUCAGAAACAGGUUCUCCCCCAAACUUUAUUAAGCUUCAUGACCACCUGGUUGCCACUAUUACUGAAGAGAAUGUUGAUGUGCUGAAAGAUAUUGAACAGAGGGUCCUCCAAUGGGAACAUCUUAAUGGGAGAAAGAUUUAUGCUGAAAAGGCUGCACAAUUGAUGGCUGACAUCAUGUUUUCUCGCGACUUAGUGGGACUUGUGGCACUGGUUGCGGGAAUUGACUCCAUAAAGGACUGGUCUGUUUGGUGUGUUGAUGAAGCUGCAUGGUGGGCGAGGAGAGCGUUGUGUCUUGUUGCUGCUUGUGCUGAUGAUGGUGAUGCUUUUGUCACUGGACCUGAGGGUGUGAAGAAUGUCAUCCCCGACGUAUAUGUGGAAGCAUUCGCUCGGAGAUCCGGCUUCUGCUUAGGGAAGAGGAUAAUGGUCGGAAGGAAAAAAACAUGGCGGCGGUGA